UGGACAGGAGAUGGAGACAGGACAGGGGACAGAGACUGGACAGGGAACGGACACUGGACGGGGAACUGGACAGGUGACGGAGACUGGACGGGGAACUGGACAGGUGACGGAGACUGGACGGGGAACUGGACAGGUGACGGAGACUGGACGGGGAACGGACACUGGACGGGGAACUGGACAGGUGACGGAGACUGGACGGGGAACUGGACAGGUGACGGAGACUGGACGGGGAACUGGACAGGUGACGGAGACUGGACGGGGAACUGGACAGGUGACGGAGACUGGACAUGAGACAGAGACUGGACGGGACCGGACAUGGGAACAGGGACUAGAACAUUGACGGGGACGGAAACAAACACAGUAACAGGGACAGGAACAGAGAAACCACUGGGGACAGGAACUGGAACGAUCACAGAUACGGGGACCAGGACAGGGAGAGACAGGGGUACAAAAGACAUAGGUGGGUGCCCAGGACUGGUAAAAGUCUGUGGGGACAGCCUGGGCACAUAACUAGGGGCAAAGUCAGGAGGCCUAGGAGCAGGCCUGGAAAUACGGGGCCUGGGCCCAAACAUAGUUCUGGGAGCUGCAGGUGCUUGAGCUGGAGCUGGAGCAGCUGGGACUGCUGGUGCUGGAGCUGGAGCAGCUGGGACUGCUGGUGCUUGAGCUGGAGCAGCUGGGACUGCUGGUGCUUGAGCUGGAGCAGCUGGGACUGCUGGUGCUUGAGCUGGAGCAGCUGGGACUGCUGGUGCUGGAGCUGGAGCAGCUGGGACUGCUGGUGCUGGAGCUGGAGCAGCUGGGACUGCUGGUGCUGGAGCAGCUGGGACUGCUGGUGCUGGAGCAGCUGGGACUGCUGGUGCUUGAGCAGCUGGGACUGCUGGUGCUUGAGCUGGAGCAGCUGGGACUGCUGGUGCUUGAGCUGGAGCAGCUGGGACUGCUGGUGCUUGAGCUGGAGCAGCUGGGACUGCUGGUGCUUGAGCUGGAGCAGCUGGGACUGCUGGUGCUUGAACUGGAGCAGCUGGGACUGCUGGUGCUUGAACUGGAGCAGCUGGGACUGCUGGUGCUUGAACUGGAGCAGCUGGGACUGCUGGUGCUUGGGAGAGCGGCGCGGCCGCCGCUGAAAUCUCAGAGAGCGGCGCUGCCGCCGCUGCAGUCUGUGAGCGCGGCGC